AGUGAGCCCUCGCGGCUCAGGGCGGCGCGGCCCCGCGCCGCGGCCCCGGCCGCGCUCGCCACGCCCGCCGCGCCCUCGUAGCACCCCGCAGUCUCGCCGCGGCGGCCGCGCCCGGGCUCACCGGCACGCAGCGGGGCUCACGUGGCGGGCGCGUGCCCGAACACAGGCAGAGGCGGCCAUGGAAGCGGAGCCCACCCCUGCGGAGAGCGGGCUGCGGAGCAGACGCCCAGCCACGUGAAGCAGAAGUUGCCGAUCGCCCCUUGCCUGGAGGACCUCUUCUCGAUCGGCCCCAGGCAGCCCCACGGCCGGGCAGGGCCGCGCCCACGCGGCGAACCCCACGUUCUCGGAUCUUCUCGUGCAGCUCCAGGCCGCGCACAAGCGUGAGCUGGAGGGCCUGCAGAGGGAGCUGCGGAAGACGAACCGCAAGAUCACGAGGAGAUGACGCAGAACCCCUCGGACGAGAGCCGAAGCGGCGCCGACGAGCUGCGCCGGCACGGGAGCGCGGGCGGCCAGGACACCGCCAACGACACCCUGGUCUCGGACGCCUGGGUGCCAGGGUCCAUCUCUCCAACUGGGGAGUCCGAGAGCGGCGCGGGGAAGGCCAGGGUGCACUGCGGCUCCUCGGCGCAGACCCCGCACGACGGCGAGGGCUGCGGCAGGAGCCAGGCCUUCGACGGGAAGUCCAACGACACGAGCGAGGACGAGAGCAGCGAGGGCAGCAGAGAAUGGACAGGCUGGGAUCCGCGCGACUUCGGCAUCAGGUGGAAUCCGUUCGUGGUCGGGGAGACCUGGAUGUCCAACCUGGUCAGGAGGUACAUCGGCCCCGGCGGCGAACAGGUGCGGAAGCAGAGGACACCGUACAAGAUCGUGAGAAGCAUGCCGUUCGCAGCCACGUCGUACGUCGCAAUCGUUCUCAAUUCUUUGUUCAUUGGCGUCACCAUGCAGAAUCAGAUGAACGCAGCACUCGCUGGUAAAGAAUACAAGGAAGCGUGGUCAGACGCUAUCGAACUCCUGUUUGUGGUAUUUUUCACCAUCGAGCUCUUUAUCAAAGUUCUGGCGGAGGAUUAUUACCUUCUCUUUAGCAGCGAUUGGACGUGGAACAUCUUGGAUGUGAUUCUCGUGAUCGCAGCCUUGCUGCAAUUGUUGAUGGACGCGAUCUACGGUGGAGAUACGCCGAACGUCUCGCUCAGCCGGACGAUCAGGCUGUUUCGUAUCACGCGGGUCCUCCGGGUCGUCCGGGUCGUCCGUGUGUGCCAGAGUUUGCGGGUGAUGAUUUUCGCGAUCUUCAAGUCUUUAGAUGUUUUGUGUUGGGUAUUGGCGGUACUCCUCUUCUUUAAGUACAUUUUCGCGAUGAUAUUCAUGCACGGUACCAUCUCGUACGUCGACUCGGUCACCGACGGUACCGGUGGCGCCCUUUCUGCAGACGAGUACGCCUACGUGACAGACGGUUUUGGCACGAUCGUUCGAGCGAUCGUGACCCUCUUCGAAUGUAUCACAGGUGGCCGCGACUGGGGGGAGGUGUACUACGCCUUGGUAAAGAUCGGCGUGAUGUACGGCAUAUGUUUCCUUAUCUACGUAUCCAGCUGCCUCGGAGGUCGGCGAAUCGGUACGGUUGUUCACGUGACGUCUGGCGUUGCUGCAAGGGACCGUGACCGCAUGGUUGAGGACGAGAUGAAAGCACUUAAGGACUACGCCUCUGACAUCAAGGAUUUCUUUGAGGCGGCAGAUACGGACAAGUCAGGCCAACUGUCGUGGGAUGAAUUCAGGACUCACUUGGACGACAACCGCGUGAAGGCGUAUUUCCAGACGCUAGAUCUCGACAUCCGGCAGGCGCACGUCUUGUUCAAGCUGCUGGAUUGCAACGACAACGGGGAGGUCGGGAUCGAGGAGUUCCUCGACGGCUGCCUGCGCCUGAAGGGCCACGCCAGGAGCCUCGACCUGAACCUGGUGGUCUACCAGCUGGAGACCCUCCUCAAGGGGAGCUCGCUGUUGACGCCUCACAGUACUGAUCCCGUGCUACAGCCGAAGAAGACCGGAAGGGCCCGACUCCAAAAGAGCUGAGCUCCUGACUGCUCUGGGAGGCCGAGGGGGCCGCCGCCAGGGAGGAUCUUGUGGCCGAGGGGGGAGCCCAGAUCUCCGACGGUAUGAUCGAUGUUUCGAUCGGGGCGUAUCUCC